AUGACGCUCGCGGAGCGCCUCGAGGUCUCGUUUGCGCGGGAAGUUGAUAGUUUAUUGGAUGCAGUUGCGUUGGUUCUGGAUGGGAUUGCAUUAGAACGUGGCUGGGAGAAGGAAUCGGAAAAGGGCCUGGAGGAUACGUGCUGGAAGCGUGGCUACACCGCGUCCGAGAAGCGCAUUGACACCGCCGUCGUGCGCCAGGAGGGGCACGCCGUAGUCCUCGGCACGGCGAAGGAGAACAAUGUGCAGCGCGACAUGUGCGCGUACUGGGAAGUCCCGCUGGACACUUGCUUUGGGGACACCGCCGCGUUGCCACUCACCUCGGGCGCCGUGCAGCGCUGGCUCAAGUCCGAGCCCCGGCUCGUGCAGGGCCUCUCGGAUCUCUUGGACGAGAUCACCGCCGAGGUGCACGAGGAAAAAGAGGCAAAGGAUGUGCAGACGGCGCGUGCGCCGCGCGCGAGUCCGCGCAUGACACACGAUACGGAUGCGCCGCCGCACCCGCCGCCCACGUCGAAUCCGCUGCAGAUUGGCGACGCGGACCGCGACCCCCUCGCUGCGAGCGGCCACCGCCCGUUUAUGGGCGGCUUUGCACCCCCGCCCGUCUUUGGCCCCCGCGGCGACGGGAUGCUGGUCGGCCCCGGCCACCCCAUGUUUCAUGCGCCGCCGCGGCCGCCGCCGCGCGGCCCGUGGGGCGGCGACGGCUUCCUGCCGCCGGGCGCUGUGCCGCCCGGCGCGCGCUUCGACCCGGUGGGGCCGUUUGGCCGCCCGCCGCCUCCGCCGGGCGCCUUCCGUGGCAACCCCGACUGGGACGAUCUCCCCCCGCCUGGUGGCCCCGGGUCGAUGUACCUGUGA